GGCAACUCGUACAACCCCAACAUGUCCAGCAACUCUUACAACCCCAACAUGGGAGGCAGCUCUUACAACCCCAACAUGGCCAGUAACUUUGGCCAGACCUUAACGAAUGAUGAGGAGCUGAGGAUAGUGAUGGUGGGGAAGACCAGAGUCGGAAAAAGUGCCACUGGAAACACCAUCCUGGGAAGAGAUUACUUUGAAUCAAGGUUCAGUUCAAGGUCUAUGACUGUAGACUGUCACAAGGGCAGAGGCACAGUUGAGGGACAAAAGGUUGCUGUUAUUAACACCCCAGGUCUGUUUGACACCAGGUUUGGAAUGGACAAGACAGCCAAAGAUUUCAGCCAGUGCGUCACUUAUGCCUCUCCUGGUCCCCAUGUGUUCCUGGUGGUCAUCAGGCUGGGCAGAUACACUGAAGAGGAGAAGCAGACGGUGCAAAGGAUUCAAGAGCUCUUUGGCCAGGCUGCAGACAGAUACAGCAUGGUUCUCUUCACUGGUGGUGACAUGUUGGAUAUGGAAGGAACCACGAUUGAGAAUUUCUUGGCUGAAAGCCAAGAUUUGCAGGAACUUGUGGGCAGAUGUAACGGCCAGUACCAUGUCUUCAAUAAUAAGCAAAAAAGAGAUCGCUCUCAGGUCACCGUGCUGCUCCAGAAGAUUAGAAACAUAGCUAAGAAGAAUGGAGGGAGUCACUACACCAAUGAGAUGUUCCAAAAGGCUGUGCAGGCAAUCGAAGAGGAGAAACAACACAUCCUGAAGGAGAAAGAGGAGCAAAUACGAAGAGAAAAAGAAAAGCUUGAGAGGGAAGUACAGCGAAAAUAUGAAAAAGAAUUGAGGAGAAUCAAUGAGCAACUCCAAGCUGAUAGAGAGAGGGAGAGGGAAGAGAGAGAGGAAGAGAGGAAGAAGGAGAAGGCUAGCAGCUUUGGUAAGUGA